AUAUUUUGUUUUCUUUUACAUUGAAGCUUCUUCCGGCUUAUUCUAAAAAUUGAGAGUUGAUAAGUAAUAAAUAAUGUGGAUAAUUAUAAUAGAUCUAGACCUUGAUGUCUUAACUCACGUCCUCUAGAUCAAGAUCAAAUUAAAUCUAGAGAUUCUAAUUAUGAUGUUGGCACUGAUCUUCUUAGAUGACACUGUGAUUUAGUGAGAUGCUGGACAGUUGGAAAACUCUACAAAUAGCAUGGAUUUUCUUUACUUCCUGUUUGGAUACAUUGGAAUUUUUGCUCUAGUCAGUGUCUUUGUAAUGUUCUCCGGAGCUUCACCAUUUUUAUCAAACAUCUCGGACAAGUUGAAGGGUUUAUGCUUGAAGAUAGUCUUCACAUUGGUGCCAGGUGUAGUGAUAAGAUCUGUGACCAAGUCAGUUGAUUAUGUCUUCAAUACAAGGAACCAUGUGAUGCAACUUGUGUUUGUGGUGCUGGUACUUGGAGGUAACAUCAUCUUUAUGCUGGACGUCCUGCCCUUGCUGUACAUUUUUGAGCCAGACAAGAACCACAUCUUCUUCCCCUUGUUUCUCCUGUUCACAAAUGCAGCCGCUUACCAUUUGUGUGCAGGCACGGAUCCAGGGAGGGUGACAUCAAAGAAUGCUGCCAUGCUUGCCUCCCUUUACAAGGCAGAUGGCGUCUUGUUUAAGAGUGGGUCUGAGUGCAGUACAUGUCGAGUCAUUAAGCCAGCCAGGUCAAAGCAUUGCAAGAUUUGCAAUCAAUGUAUUCAUCGAUUUGAUCAUCAUUGCAUUUGGACUAAUAGCUGCAUCGGUGCUGGGAAUUUGCGUUACUUCCUUAUCUUUCUGGUCACUCUAAUGGCCAUGAUAAUUAAUGGUGCAGUCAUGUCUUCAAGGGCCAUGGUGUUAGUGGUAAGCCAUCUUAAAAUAAUGGAGUCUGGCUACUGGGACCCUUACACUGGACAAGUACAGCCCGUUACAUUUCCAGUUCUGAUACAGCACUUGUUUAUGCAGCAACCACGCUGCAUAUUUCUAAUUACCUCAUUGGUCAUGUUGACAUUUCUACUGGGCCUUUUCACUCUCUACCAUAUUUACCUGCUGAUCAUUAACCAAACGACCAACGAACGUUACAAGCUAGCCUCCCUUCCUUGCGACAAGCAAUCAUCUCUUUUCUGUAACAACAACAGCACUGAACACAGUGCCAUUCUCCCAGGAGAGUCUAGACGGAAUGGCUUCAAGAGAUGUCAUGACAUGCACUCAGAUGAAAAUGAAAGAAACUUUGGCUUGAAAAAUGAGGGGCUUGUUCAGUCAGGUCACUCGAAGCCCAAUAACAACCCUGCAAAAACUACCGAUACCAAAAAUCUGGAUUCCUUCUACAACAGAGGAUUAUUACACAAUGUGAAGGAAGUUUUCUUGCCUUGGGCACAGCUCAAAGACGUUAAGCAGAUAAAACCAAGAAAUCCAGAGAUCAGAAAACCUAAAAAAUCUUAAUUGUUAAACAUUGUUACUUUUUUUUUUUUUAAGAUCACACACAAAUACUCACACUUUCACCUUGGUAUCAGUAGAAAUAUUUGCAUAGUAUUAACCGUAGAUUUUGCUGAGUUCUUGAUGUACUGUUUAUACAUGUGUGUGCUCAUUGAUUUCUCAUGAAGAAACCAAACUGCCUGUCUUCUUUCAGCUCACCUCAAAAUCUUAUUUGUUCUCCUAAAGUCAAUGCUCAAAGAUUUUGAAAGUAUUAGCAUUAGAUGAUUGUGAUGGUCAACUUUUGUUUUUUUAACAUUGGACUUCCACUCCCAUAUGUUUUGUGUGUGUGGGCAGACAUUGUUUCAUUGUUGUUAUUUUUAUGUUUAACAGUUGUCAAUAUUUUUUAACAAUGUUAUAAAUACAAUGAAUUGUUUGUUCUCAGCCUAUAGCAGCUUAUUUAAAAAAAAUGGGUAAUGUUUUUUGAUAAACCUUUAAAGGCUAAUUUUUUUAAAAACUAUUGUUUUGGCUUGAUGGUAAUUUAGAUGAAUGAGAUGUUGUAUUUUUAGAACGGUUGUUCAAAUAUCCAGACUUGCUAAAGAAGUAAGAUUAUACAAAUAAAGAAAAGACUAUUUGCUUACAAUAAUCCACUAUAACAUCUUGUGGUUUUUUUUUGUAGUCUGCGAAUUCCAAAUACUCAAAAAAGUUGUGUAAAUAGCCUCAUUUUAAAGCUUCUGUAUAUGGAACAAUGCUUUUUAACAUAUAUAAUUUGUUUGAUACAACAUAUCAUGCCAUCAUACAAACUGAAAUAGAUUACCUUUUGACUUUGAAAUUAGCAAUCUAUUUUGUGAUGAUGUCUUGCAGGCAUUUAUUCUUAAAACCGACAUUUUUUAACAAACCUUGAUCAAAUAAUUAGGUUUUCUUACAUCUUGAGAAAAAUCCUACAUCAUUGAAUCAAUGUAAUCUGAACCUUACAAUAAAGACAUUAUAGGUUAUCCCGUUAUCCAAUAAAGAAAAAGCCUCCACUGUCUUAGGCAGCUGUGGAGGCACUGAAAGGAAAUUGUACAGUUUGAUAGCUAUAAAUAAUUAUGAUUCAAGUGUAAAUUUUGUACAAGGUUAAAACUCAGCAUUCUGUGGAUCAUCAACACAAUUAUCCAAAUGAAGACAUAAAACCCUUUUACUGACACUACUGGUUGACUGAAAGUUUGUCAGAAUGUCUGUUAUUCUUAUCUAGAGAAAGUAGAGAAAGUUAGCUCAUAUAAAAAUAUCUAGAAAUAUUUGCUUUGCAAAGCAGUAAACUAAAAUGUGAACUCCCCACAGUGCCCACUUUAAACUUUGAGCUGGACUGAGAGUUAAUCCCUGGCUCUUGUGGAUAUAUUCACUUCAGCAACUUUAGUAGCUUCAAUGGUAUACUGAUUAACUAACUUGGGGAAUACCUGCUUAGUAAAAAAUACUACUUCGUACAUAACAAAUCAUUAUGAUCACUUAAUUAUUAAACAACCCUUGGGUCAUUUUUAUUGUGUUUAGCCCUCUCUGUAAAUUCUUGGUAACUAGUACUAUAUGUUGUGGUGUUAGUUAUUUGUAUAUAGUUUGUUUACAAUGAAAUUUUAAUGCUUCCAAUUUUUAGAUUUUUUUCCCCAAACACUGUUCAUUCAAUUUUGGAAUUGUUUUAUACCAAUAGUCUUGUUUUCUUAAACAAAAAAAUAUGAAUGACAUUUUAGUCUUGAUAUGUUGGUAAUGUCUUUUUAUGGACAGUAAAAUAUGUUCCAUUUUCUUAGGGUAUAUAGGGAUAUUCUUUUUUUUUUAAAACAAAAAAUGACUAGUUUUUGUUUGGGUAACUAAGGUGUUUCCUAUUCAUAUCAAACUAAAUACUGCUGUUCAUUGUUCAUUGUGUUCAAAUGUAGUCAGCUGUAUAUUGUAAACGUUUUAGGACAUGACAUUUUGUCCAACCAGAUUCUAGCCAAUUUUGUGAUACUAUUUAUCAUUUAUUAAUUUAUUUUAUUUGCUUAUUUGACUUAUUUGACAUUAGAUAACUUAUAGUUUUUUUUAAUGACGCUGUCUUUUUGGUUGACUAUUCAGGAAAUAAUGGCAUAUUUUCAUAUAUUUUCUUUUACUUGGUCCUUAUAUUUAUAUCUAGCUGAAUUAACAUGUGUGAAUUACUAACCAUUUCGUUUUGUUAUAAGGUAAAGCAAAUUAAAUGUAGGUAGGCUAAUUUUAUUUAUUUUUUUAUGCUCAAGAUGAUAUGUAAAUAAUAUUUUUUGUUAAAAAAAAAGGAAAUGUUGAGGCUUUCAUUUUUUCUUUUGUAAGAAAUGAUAAACAUAUUUACACUUCACCUUUACUUGGAUCAGGUAAGUUUCUUUCUUUUUGGCAAUGAUGAAAGUCAUUUAUUAGUCACUAAAGUAAUUAGAAUGAAGCAAUUAGUUUGAUCAGCAUGUCUAAAACGUAUGCAUUUUUUGUCCUAUGUAACUUCCAAGUUGCGUUCUUUGUGUAGACGGGUCAUUCAGCUUCUAGUUCAAAACAAAACCAAAAAAGAAAAACAACUCAAGUUGAAAUGUGUGAUGAAUAUAACAUUUGUUAGGUUGACUGCAUUGUUGAUAAUGAAAUUUUCCAAAUAACAAAAUGAAUGUAAUUUUGUUUUCAAUCUGCGGUUUAAGUAGACAAAUUGUUUUUAGAUUAUUUUGUCCUGUUACAAUAAAAUAGUACCAUUAACCUAAUCAGUUGAUUUGACCAAUGAAAUUUUAUGUUAUGAACAGUGAUGGCUAUACAAUCACUCACAAAGUGAGGUACUACUGACCUAGUCAGUUGAUCUGACCAAUGAAAUGUUGUUUUAUGAACAGUGAUGGCUGUACAAUCAUUCACAAAGUGAGGUACUUCUAACUUAAUCAGUUGAUUUGACCAAUGAAAUGUUGUGUUACAAACUGAUGGCUGUACAAUCAUUCUCAAAAUGAGAGUGAAGGUAAUAUUGCAUUGAAGUAUUCUUUGUAUUGUAUCUUAAAGUUUGAAUAGUAGCUAAUAGAAUUGGCGCUGCAAUGAGACAUAAAAGGAUGUGAUAAAUUCUAAGUUCAAUAUUUAGCCAUAAUGUUACCAUGUGUUCAUUCUGUACUAAUUAUUUUGUACAUAGGCAUGAUUGUCUUCGAGUUGAUUCCAUACGUGUAUCAAUGUUUGUUGUCUAGUUCUAGAUUUCCAGUGUAGACAAUCUUUGCAUUCCAUUGUGGUCACAUGCUCUUUGUAACUUGUAGUGGGUCCAGUAGCAUUUGCUUGUAAUAUUACUCUACAACUUCAUGGGAUUUUUAAUUCAUGUAGAUUGUUGUAGAUAAAAAUGGAUGUCACUUUUGUUUAAUUCACUAAAGAGAAAAACAAAAAUGUUGAAUUGUAUAAGUUUAUAUUUUAAAUAUUUUAGUUAUGUUAGCAGUAGUUGAAAGGCUUUUAGUUAUAUUAUGAUGCUAAUUUUCUUGUUUCACUUUUUUUAAAGACAUAAUUUCUUAACGCAGCUAGUUACCAAUUAAGCUCUUUAUUGAGUUCUGUUUUUUUCUGCAGAGGAUAUUUGAAUCUUGUUAAAACGUAACAAUCAUUUUUUUCUAUUGAAUCUUGGUAAAACAUAAUAGAUAAUUUUUUUUUUAUUAAACUUGUUUCAUAAAUGUAGAUAUAUAUAUCAUAAUAAACUACUAAAAAGGUA